UAUAUUUUAGCGUUAUAAUCUUUAGUCAUAGCUUGAGAUUUUCGCAAACAUGACUUGGGAUUGAUAAAGACGAUUGUACAGCUCAAUUCGCAAUCGCAAUUAGUCACAGUAAAAGUGUUGCGCAAUGCACCAUGGAAGUGGACAACAAAAUGUGCAACGCCAGCUCCAGAGAGCCAAGUCCGUCAGUGGGACCGAAGCAGAAGAGCAGCAGCAGCCCACCACGGCUGCUGUUACCCAGCAGCAAGCUGCCAUCAACCACCCUCAAUCCCCUUUGACCACAUUCACCUCUGCAGCCAGCCCCUCAGCGCCCCAGUCCCCCAACUACCAGAUCAUCAUGAGCCGCAGCCCCGUCACGGGCCAGAACAUGAACAUCACCUUACAGAACAUGGGUCAGAUGGUGUCUGGUAACCAGCAGAUAACCCUGACCCCGCUCCCCAUCCAGAACCCAGCCUCACCGGGCUUCCAGCAUGCUACGCAGCAGUGGAGGUUUGAGCAUGCCCCGUCCUACCUACAGGUCACUUCCCCCCUGCCCCAACCCAUCCAGCCCCAGAGCCCCACGCAGCACAGCCCUGUCCCUCUGCAGGGAAUAGCACGGCCUGGGGCCCCCACCACAGCGCUGGGGGUGUGUGGACAGAGUCCAACGAGGUUCGUCGAUGCUGGUAUGUUGGUCCGCUUGGGAAGUCCUCCUGCGAGCAGCCACUUUGUUUACCAGGAUGGGACAGGAAUUGCCCAGAUAACAUCGGCCACUGUCGGACAGGUUCAGCUGGCGUCCCCAGGAGCACCGGGAAGCAUCAGGGAGCGGCGGCUUUCCCAGCCCCACUCUCAGACCGGAGGCACCAUCCACCACCAUGGACCUCAAAGCCCGGUGGCCACUGGCACCGCUCUCCCCAACCUGGGUAGCCCCGGCCACAUCACCACCUCCAACCUGCCACCGCAGAUCAGCAGCAUCAUCCAAGGCCAGUUGGCACGGCCAUUAUUUGAGAAGAACGCACAAAGUAUGGUCACAGGCAUGGGGGCACCGGGCACAGGGUCGUUCACGGUGCCGUCCUCCAUUCCUACCUCAAGCCCGGCCCUCAUCAGCCCUACUCAAGGCCUCCCUAACCAGUCACUCACCCCCACCACCAGUGUGACCAUGGGCAUGAAGAAGCAGACACCCAAGAAGCUAGAGGAGAUCGCCCCCUCCAACCCGGAGGUCGCCCACUUGAGGAAACAGUGCCUUGAGCACCACAGCAAGAAGAUGGAGAGCCUGAAGGAAGUCUUCAAGGAGUACCUGAUAGAGCUGUUCUUCCUUCAGCACCUCCAGGGGAACAUGAUGGACUACAUGGCCUUCAAGAAGAAGCCCUGUGUUCCGCUCUACACGUACUUGAGGCAGAACGACUUGGACCUUGAGGAUGAGGAAGAGGAUGAAGAACAAUCUGAGGUCAUUAAUGAUGAGGUGAAGGUUGGAACUGGGAAAGAUGGCCAGGCAGUAACGCCAGUUGCCAUAGCAACACAGCUUCCAGCAAAUGUCUCUGCAGCUUUUCCCACCCAGUUUCAGGCUCACGCAGGGCCAGGUGGCUCCAACCCAGGCGACAUGGAUGCCUUUAAGAGGCAGCAGGUCCAAGCAGGCGGAAUGCCCCCAAACCCUCAGUCGGUCCACAUUGCAGGGCAGAAACCCAACCCGCAGCAGUACGACCCAUCCAAGGGUCCUCCGGUGCAGAACGCCGCCAGCCUGCACACCCCUCCCCCACAGCUGCCGGGCAGGCUUCCCCAGGGCGCAAUGCCCAUGGCGGGCCUGCCCAUGACCCUCUCCCAACAGCCCCAGCUGCUGGACAGUUUGGCCCAGGCCGGGGGCCAGCUCCAGGCCCAGGUAAAGGUGCAUGCGGCCGGGCAGCUCCUGGCCGCGGUCAACCCCCAUGCCCAGCUCCAGGCCCAGCUCCAGCAGCAACAGUUGCAGCCCAGCCUCCAUCUUCAGAUCCAGGCUCAGCAGCAGGGCCAGGUCAUGCUACAGUCGGGUCAAGUGACGGUGGCUCUGAGCCGCCCCGCCACUGACGGUGCCCAGCCGGUACAGAGGAUCGCGAGCAACACCCUGCCUAUGUCCUCCAUGUCCCCCGCCCUCGCCACCACCAACUCUGUGGCUUCCCCACACACUGCUAGUCCGCUCCGUCCGCAGGCCUCCACGGUCAAUCCCGGCACACAGUCCAAGCUGGCCGGGACCAACGGCACCUCGGCAAUGAAGCUGGGGGGCUUUGGCCAGACCCCCGGCAUGCAGUCCUCCCAGGAGGGCUCCCAGGAUAAGCAGGUGGAGCAGGCUAAACUGGAGAGCCAGGUGCACCAGCGUAUCUCCGAGCUGAGGAAGGAGGGCCAGUGGUCGGCCAGCAGGCUUCCCAAGCUCAUGGACGCUUCGCGCCCCAAGUCCCACUGGGACUACCUCCUGGAGGAGAUGCAGUGGAUGGCUGCAGACUUCGCCCAGGAGAGGAGGUGGAAAGAGGCCGCCGCCAAGAAGCUGGUACGUACCUGUGCUCGCCACCACCAAGAGAAGAAGUUGUCGGCGGAGAGAUCCAAGAAGGAGGAGGAAAUGCACCUCCGCCACAUCGCCAGCACCAUUGCACGCGAGGUGGAGUUCUUCUGGGCCAACAUUGAACAGGUUGUGGAAAUUAAACUACAGUUUGAAAUCUAUGACAAGAGGCUGAAGAUGCUGAGUCUACAGAAAGCAUCCGCACCUACUGCAUCCACUGGAGAGAGCAAAGAAAAAGAGGAGCCUCCUGUGUCCGCCAGGAAGAGGAAGUGCAGUUCUUUGCUUAGUGAAGAAGGAGUGGAUGAGGAGAGCACCAUCGAGGAGCAGGAGGCCGCAGAGGACGAAGCUGAACACAAGGCUGAGUUGGCGGACCUGAACAAAGACGCUGAGAUGCCUUUGGAGGCGUUGGUGAAGCAGUAUGCUGGAGCCUACGCCGACGGCUUCGACUGGCCCCAGCUGAGUCCCCAAAGUGAUGAGGAGUACAUGGACGACACUGAAGAGAUGGAGUGGCCAGAGAGCAGUUCUCCAGAGGAGGUGGCCAUCGACUCCCUGCUCAGCGUAGAGCAGUACAGGGGGGCAGACAAGGCCAGUUCCACUGGCUCUGACGGCAAGGCCAUCCGGGACAUAGCGGAGGUCGCUGCAGCCACAGAGGUCCUCCUACCCAAGGGGAGUGCCAGAACAACCUCCACUAGCCGCAGCCCAGCGCCCGUCCUGCUGCACGGUGCCCUGCGUGAGUACCAGCAGAUCGGCGUGGACUGGAUGGUGAACCUCCACAAGAAGCACCUCAACGGCAUCCUGGCUGACGAGACGGGCCUGGGCAAGACGGUCCAGACGGUGGCCUAUAUGGCUCAGCUGGCUGGCAAAGAGGGCAUCUGGGGACCCCACUUGGUGGUGGUGAGGACCUGCAAGCUGCUGACCUGGGAGAUGGAGUUCAAGCGCUGGUGCCCUGGUCUGAAGAUCCUGCUGUACCUGGGGAGCGCCCGCGAACGCAGAGCCAAGAGAACGUGGUGGAAUGAGGCCAACAGCUUCCACGUGGUCCUCACCUCCUACAAGCUGCUCUUCAAAGACCACAGCCACUUCCUGAGGAGGAGCUGGAGGCACCUGGUGCUGGACGAGGUGCAGCACAUCAAGAACCUCACGGAGAAGCACUGGGAGACCAUCUUCUCUCUGAAAAGUGAGCAGAGGCUGCUCCUCAUCAACACUCCUCUGCAGAACACCCUGAAGGAGCUGUGGACCAUGGUCCACUUCCUCCUUCCCGGGAUCACCAGGCGCUACUCUGACUUCCCCGUCAAGGCCGGCACAGACCAGAACCAGGACUACUGCCACAAACUGGUCAUCCGCCUGCAUAGGAUGAUCCAGCCCUUCAUCCUGAGACGCUCCAAGAGGGACGUGGAGAAGCAACUGCCAAAGAAGUACGAACACAUCCUGAAGUGCCGCCUGUCCAGCCGACAGAAGAGCCUCUACGAGGACAUCCUCACCCAGCCAGGGGCCCAGGAGGCUCUGAAGACCGGUCACUUUGUGAGCGUUCUCCAGGUGCUGAUGCAGCUGCAGCGUGUGUGCAACCACCCAGCCCUGGUGGCCCCCCGCGAGGCCAGCAGCUCCUACGUCUGCCCCUCGCUCGAGUACAGCACCCCGUCGCUGGUGCUGGGAGCCCUCCACAAAGACCCCUGGGAGACGGCAGACUUGUCGAUAUUCGAUCUCAUCGGAAACGAGAACCGGCUGACCCGCUACCAGACGGAGGCCAUCCCCAAACUGAAGAUCAGCCAGCAGCUCAUAGAGGAGAUCCACAGUGCCCCUGACCCCCCGGCCAGACCCAAGGCCUGCAAGAUCAAACCCAUGAGGUUGUUCCAGCCAGUGCAGUAUGGCACUAAGCCAGAAGGCCGCCUGGUGGCCAUCACCAGUACCGCAGCCCCGCGCCCGCCCACUACAACCCCUGCAAACACAUCUGUGGCCACAACCGUCAGCCAGCCUGCCCAGGCCAGGGGCAAGUCCCCUGUUACCACCACGGCCUCCGCACAGGUGGUCGGAGCAGCUGCUCAGAGGGUGCAGAACAGCUCCUCUGUCAGCAGCAGCACCACGGCCAUCUCCACCGCAGCCCCCUUGGGGAGCGGUGGCCUCAGGCAGAGCGCGCCGGGGGCCCCCUCUGCGGGGGCCCUCGGCCAGGCUUUAGCGCAGGUCCCCAGGCCGGCCCUAGCCCCGGGCCAUGCCGUCCAGCCCGGCUCACUGUCCCAGAGGCUGGUGCUCACAUCCCAGGCCCAGGCACGGUUGCCUAGCGGAGACGUGGUGAAGAUCGCCCAGCUGGCCAACACAGCCGGCCGCAUCUCCCAGCCAGAGACCCCCGUCACCCUGCAAUUCCAGGGUAACAAGUUCACCCUGUCCCCCAGCCAGCUGCGGCAGCUCACCACCGGACAGCCCUUGCAGCUCCAAGGUACUCUCGGCAACAUCCUGCAGAUCGUGUCGGCCCCUGGGCAGCAGAUCCUCCGGCCCCAGGGCUCCAUGGUCAUGCAGACGGUGGCCCAGACCCCCUCGCUCUCCAACGCAUCACCGGCGGCUCCCCCAAACCCCUCCUCCGUGGCUCCACAAGCCUUGCCUGUGGCCACCAACGCCUCCUCAGCGCUCUCCAAGCCCGCUGCGGCCGCUCCUGCUGCCUCUCAGGAGAUGUCUGAGGAGAAGAGCCAGGCCCUGAAGGAGCGCCUGGGCCGUCUGUUCCUGGCCAACGAGCGGCGCUGUGGCCGCAGGGUGCUGCUGGGCGCCGACCUGCUCCAGGCCUGCACCCUGGGCCCCGAGGCCGGCCCCGCGGGCCUCCCCCCCAGGGGCUGGCGCUGGGCGGGCAGGGAGAGCUGCGUCAGAGCCCAGCACACCUUUGUAGGCACCACCUCCCACCUCCAGAGCAGCAUGCAGUCUGAAGAGCAGCGGCUGGAGGCGGGCCACAGCCUCAUCAAGAGGUUGUCAUGUGUCGUGCCUGCUGCUGUAGCCCCGCCCCCUCAUCUGUACGCAGCCAAUCCCCCGGUCCCUUACAGUCUGGCCAAGAAGUGCAGCAGUCGGAGGCUGACGGAGGCCGCCACCCCCCACGGCAAAGCCCUCCAGCGGCUGGCCUCGAGACGCAUCCUCCCCUGUCCUGACCUGCAGCUGAUGCAGAUGGACUCGGGGAAGCUGGAGGCCAUGGCCGUCCUGCUGCAGAAGCUGCGGUCAGAGCGCCGCAGGGUCCUCAUCUUCACCCAGAUGCCAACGAUGCUGGACCUCCUGGAGGCCUUCCUGGACCACAGACACCUCCCCUACGUGCGUGUCGACGAGAGCCUCACGCCAGAGGAACGCCAGGAGCGCAUGAAGCGCUUCAACAGGAACCGCCAGGUGUUCUGUGGCAUCCUCACCAACCGCUGCUGCUCCGCCGUGGGGCCCGUGUUCGACGCCGAUACCAUCAUCUUCUACGACGCCGACCUGGACCCCAGCAUGGACGCCCGCACCCAGGAGUGGUGCGAUAAGAUCGGGCGCGCCAAAGACAUGCACAUAUACAGGCUGGAGAGCGGGAACUCGAUAGAGGAGAAGCUGCUGAAGAACGGAACCAAGGACCUCAUCAGAGAGGUGGCCGCUCAGGGCACGGACUACACCCUGGCCUUCCUCACACAGCGGACCAUCCAGGACCUGUUUGAGGUGGAGGCCAGCGCCGGAGAGAAGGUGGAGGAGUUUGUGGUGCUGCACCAGGAGCCCUCCCCCUCGGAGGCCAUCUCCCCCCGCGUGGCCCGGCCCUACAUCCAGGCCCUGCACAGCAUCACCCUGGACGGCACAGAGAAGCUGCAGGAGGAGGAGGAAGAGGAGGAGGAGGAGGAGGAGCAGAGUAAAGAAAAGCAGGAGGCGUCAGGGCUGAAAGAGGAGGCGCUGGAAGAGUCCCAGCUGAAAGAAGAACCAGCUCAGAUAGAGGAGCUGAACGCCGUCAUGAAUCAGCUCACCCCGAUCGAGAGGUACGCCCUCCACUACCUGGAGUACCUUCAAGUCGGCGACGACGAGAGCCUCCUCAAGGAGAAGAUGGAGUGCGCCAAGAGGAGCUGGGAGGUGCAGCAGCUCCAGAAGCUCAAGACCGAGGAAGAGGAUCAGCUGUUCGUGGAAGGAGAGGAAGAUCUCUUCACCUACACCAGAGAGGAUGCCUACAACAUGGAGUAUGUGUAUGACGCAGAAGACGGCCAUACUGAAAUCAUGCCGCUGUGGACCCCGCCCACUCCGCCGCAGGACGACAACGACAUCUACAUCGACUCAGUCAUGUGCCUGAUGUACGACGCGGCACCCAUGCCCGAGGCCAAGCUGCCGCCCGUCUACGUACGCAAGGAACACAAGAGGCUCAAGAUGGACCCUUCAGCGGCCCGCAAGAAGAAGAAGGGGCAUGGCGAGACGGUGAUCCCGCCGCGCUCACUCUUCGAGAAGGCCAGCAUGCUGAAGGUGCGGCGCGAGGGGAAGGACCAGAAGAAGAACUUCUCCCUGAAGCAGCAGGCGCCCUUCGCCAAGCCGCUGCCCUCCCUGGUGAAGCCGGCCAUGGAGACGGGCCAGGACAACCCAGAGUGGCUCAUCAGCGAGGACUGGGCCCUGCUGCAGGCCGUGAAGCAGCUACUGGAGCUGCCCCUGAACCUGACCAUAGUGUCCCCCGCGCACACGCCCAACUGGGACCUGGUCAGCGACGUGGUCAACUCCUGCAGCCGCAUCUACCGCUCGCCCAAGCAGUGCCGUAACCGCUACGAAAACGUCAUCAUCCCGCGAGAGGAGGGCAAGCUGAUGUAUGAGGCCAACCCCAAGAAGAAGACAAAAAGCAUAUACAAGUCCAAGAACAGCCGUCCUCUGCGGACCUGCCAGAUCUACACCCAGGACGACAACGCCACGCAGAUCCAGCUCUACAACAGCCGCUUUGAGCUCAUGAAGAUCAUCGCCAGCAAGAGGAGCCCGCCCAUCAAGCCACUGCUCGGCAUGAACCCCUUCCAGAAGAAUCCCAAGCACGCGUCGGUUCUGGCGGAGAGCGGAAUCAGCUACGACAAGCCCCUCCCCCCCAUCCAGGUGGCAUCUCAGCGCGCCGAGCGGAUAGCCAAGGAGAAGAAGGCGCUGGCGGAGCAGCAGAGGGCUCAACAGUUGGCCCAGCAGCAGCAGGUGGGUGCGGGCGUGACGCCCGCGGUCCCGGGCCAGGCCCAGGCCGCCGUCCCGGGACAGACGGGCACGGCCGGGGUGUCCCAGGCCGCCGCCGUGGCCGCCGCCGCCGCCGUGCCCAGCGCCGCCGUCCUGGCCGGAGCCAUCAAGAACGGUACGGUGGGAACCAUCCAGGCCGUCACCGUCGGGGGGAUCGUGAACACGGUGGCUGGAGUUCCUCAGAGCCCCUUCCAGGCCAACAAGCGGCUGCCGUCUCCGGUCAUCUCAGGAACCCUCUCUCCCGUGGCCGGGGCGGGACCUCAGGUCCACGCCCAGCAGAGGGUCACCGCUGCCCCCGCCGAGGUAGUCGCCAUAGCGACGGGCCAGGCCGUGAGGGCAGGCGCCGCGGUGACCGCGUCCUCGGUGGUGACCACCACGCUAAGCUCCGCCCAGUCCCAGACCCGCUCGCUGGUUACCCAGGUUACACCAGCCGCCGGCAUGCAGCUGCCCCAGAGCAAGCCCCUGACCCAGGCCCACAUCCAGAUGCUCCGACAGCAGCACCACCAGGCCCCCCCGCCACAGAUCAAGGGCGUGGGCAAGCCCCAGGAGCUCAACAUGAAGCUGCACAAGCAGAAGCUGCAGCUGAGCCAGCAGGGGGCGACGGUGGGCGUGGCGGGCCCUCAGGCCGGGGCCCAGGUGCAGCCCAGCCAGGCCGGCGCCCAGCUGGGGCCCGGGGCCGCGUCCCGGACCGGGGCCGUGCUGACGGGCACCACGGUGGCAGGCCUGCAGGUGGCCAGGCUGGCGCGGAUGCCCACCCAGGGCCAGGUGCAGGUGCAGGUGGGCCAGACGGCCCAGGUGACCCUCACCAAGCCCCCUGUGGUCUCGGUGCCGGCGGUGGUGUCGUCAGGCGGCGUCACCGCGCUGCCCGUCACCGUGGCGGGCCUCAGCGUGGCCAUCGGACCGGCCCAGAAAGCAGGCGGGGCGGUGCUGACCUCGCCCUUCCCCCAGAUGCAGCAGGUGCAGCAGCAGCAGCUCCUCCUGAAGAAGCAGCAGCAGCUGCAGCAGGCGGCGGCGGCGCAGCAGAAGGCGGGCCAGCCGCAGCAGGCCCAGGCCACCGCGCAGCAGAAGAUGGCCGCCGCGGCGCUGCAGCAGGUGACUGUGCAGGCGGCCCAGCCCGGCCAACAGAAGGUGACUUAUCCCACACCCCAACCGUCUGGGCUCAAGCCCCAGUACUUCACUACCUCCAUCGGCCAGGCCCAGAAGCCCACCGGGGCCCAGCAGAUCCAGGUGGCUAAGCUGCCAACGAUAGUCCAGCAGCAGUUAGCGGUGCCCAGCAUCCAGCAGAUCGUCUCCUCUCCCCAGCAGAUCCAGACCCAGACGGUGACCAUGACGCAGGCCUCGGCCACCGCCCAGGUGCAGAUGAUCCCGGCGGUGACGGCCACGGCCCAGGUGGUCCAGCAGAAGAUCCUCCAGCAGCAGCAGGUCGUGACGGUCGCCCCUCAGAUCCAGACCCCUCCCCCGCACAGCCCCGCCCACCAGGCCCCCGCCGCCGCCGACCCCCUGGGAGGGCAGCCGGCCCAGGUCCCCGGGGCCAAGGGCCCGGCCCGGCAGGGGGGCGUGCGGGCCAAGGCCCCCGCCAAGCCCAGUGGGGGGGGCAGCUAGAGGCGCAGCACAGAGAGGAGGAGAAGGGGCGGCUGUCUGGAGCAGGCUAGCGUCGCCCCGGGAACAAUAGGAAACCUCUUCCUCCUCCGCUGCUGAGAGGCCGCGCCCACGACGCGGCCCGCAUCUCAUCCUGGUCCCGGGGUCAUCCCCUCAUGACUGUGAGACUCUGUGAUCAGACUCGGUUCUGAUCCUCUGUACCAUCGACGUCCGACGUGAGAAAGGAAAAGAGCAGUGCCCACACUGACACGACGGAUAUCGUUAUUUAAACCGUAUUUCUCCUGUUGCUCGGACGUCUGGGUAAUGCCCCCCUCGGGGACUUACCCAUCCGUUAGAAUAAGUGUAUUCACACAUAGUCCUUUUUAUGGUGUCCGUGAUUGUUUAUAGAAAUUGAAUGGAAGAUUAUGCACGUUCCUUCAGUCCAUCAGAUCGUUUUCUUUAUUGUAAUAAAUAAUCUGUAAACAUGUUCUUUAGUAUUUUCUGUUACAUCAGAAAUUUCCUUUUUUUUAUCGAUGUUGGGGGGCGGGGGGGACGGGAACUUGUAAAUAGCAAUGGAAGGCAUUUGUACUUGUAAAGUAGUGGUGUUUUCAUCUGACUUUUUUCAGCCUAAUUGUAAUAAAGUGUUUUGUUUUAUACACAGUUUUAAUUGAUUUACGUUUCAUUUUUCAUUAAAUCUUUUGUGGUUAACACUUUGCCUCUUGAAUACUUAAUGCUCAGCGCUACGCCCCAAUAGAAGACAGACUGCGGUAUAUGAAUCAAAUAUGUUAUUAGUGUGUAAUGUCCUACAUUGUAGAUAGAGACUCAAGGAUUUCUGGGACGUUCGGCCAAAUUAACGUCUAAGCUUAUCAGCCAGUGAGACUUUAAGCAAAACUGGGAUUCUGCUUUAAAAGACAAUCAAUUCAGUGUGUACUUGAGUCCAGGAAUGACUGCUCAGCGUUAUUUGCACUAGGUGCUUGCUGACAACGGCACUACCGCCGGGAGAGUAAAUGCAUUAAGACACAAAGCUGAUGAUGAGAAAUGACCUCCAGCCUCUGAGAUGCUUGAAAUUGCCUCCUCAGC